AGACAAAAGAGAAGAAGAAUGAAACGGAGGAUUCAUGGCUGUUAGAUCACGACCACAGGACUUAGGUCGUGACCUUGACUUGAGCCUAGGAGUCAGUGGGGCACGAGCAUGCCCGAAAUAUCAUUCGACCUCUCAUUCGAUCACAGUCGCAGGUCGACUUAUUAGCAGCUGUACUCAAACCUUUCUGCUUCAUGGUUCGUUGGGUAUUGUUGCAAUACGCGCCCAUCUCUGCCAGAUUGACACUGUCGAUUGGCUGGCGCUUAGGAGCCACGAACGCCAAUGAAUCUGUUGUGGAAGGCAAAAUGAAUCUUAGGCUCACCAGCAUGCCGAUGAUCAGAUCAUCAGUAGGCAUGAUUGGUGAUUCUUUGAGGCUUCAAUGUCAGUCUUUGAUUGCUUGGCUCACCACUGCAGGACAUGACUGUGACAGAGUGAGAUGUGGUCUGAUAUUGCCAGAGCCUCACCGCUCGAGACAAGCUGGAUGUGGUCUAGUGUCAGGAACAACUUAGGCAUCUAUAAAUAGGGGUGGAAAGGGGCUCUUUCAAGUAA